GACAUGUUGAAAUAUCGCUGCCGGUAUUCUAUACAGAGUGUAAACACAGCUACCCGGCAGCCACGUUGGAGGAACCAACUAUAAGAAGCAAAGAUGUGCUCCUACACGACGCACGUGCAUGUGUGCACCAACUGCGACGGUGAAGACACGGUGCUCAUAUCGGAGCAGCUGUGCCCCGUGGCCAAGGCAAGCGGCAUCUUUGGAAGCUGUUUCCAGGGGGUCCUCAGCCAGCGGGAUGCUACAGCGUACCGGUGCUGGCAGUGUAGAGAGAUGGCUCAGCAUGGAGUUGAGCUUGGGAGCAUGACAUCUUAGGUGUCAAGCAUGAUCCGAGGGUUCAAGCUUGAGAAAUAGGAGUUGAAUCUGAUGUCCGGGAUGAGGUUAAAAGACCAGGAAAAGAGCAAUCAUCAUGUAUGUGUAGAUCUUCAAGGGGCUACGAUACCAGGUCAGAAACACUCUUACAUGUAUGUGCAGAGGCUAGGUAGUUGAAAGGAGGAUCCAGGUGUACUGUAC